AUGCUGUUGCUAUGGGAACAGGAUGUGUGUUGCCAUGGAAACAGGGGGUGCGGUUUCCCUGGGAACAGGAAGGGGGCGCUGUUUGCGGCGGUGCAGUGCGGUGACGUCACUCGUGUGGGGUCACACAGGGUGGCUGGGCAGAAUAGCCACCAGCCAAGGGAGCGGUGGCCACAGCAGCGAGUGACAGCCAGUGCACAUGGCUGGGGACACCGGGAUGGCCGGGAAGCCCAGACCCUCGGCCUCACUGGUGCCCAGACCACCCAGCUCCUGUUGGAUUCUCCUUGGAGGCCGGCGGUGCUGUGGGACUGGGUGACACUGACUUGCAAGGGCUCGGGGACAGCUGGUGCCACCACCUGGUACAAGGACGGGAAGCACUGGUGGCAGAAGGGACCUGACCACUUCACUGUCACCGAGAGUGGCACCUACGAGUGUGACAGACCUGGCAGUGGGCGCAGCGGCCCUGUGACUGUCUCAGACGACUGGCUGGUGCUGCAGGUGCCGGUGCGGGUGCUGCUGGAGAGGGACACGGUGACACUGCGCUGCCGGGGCUGGAAGAACAGCAAGGUCACCUCGGUGUCCUUCUACCGAGAGGGGACAGAACUGAGGGGGCUCCGUGAUGGCACCGAGCUGUCACUGUCCCCUCUGCAGCUGAGCCACAGCGGCAGCUACAGCUGCAGGGGCUGGGUGGAAUACUGGACGUCAGAGAAGUUGUGGCGGUCAGUGCCAGUGACAGUGACAGUGCACCUCUUCUCAGUGCCAGAGCUGCAGGGUCCCCCCGAGAUCACCGUGGGGUCCCCCCUGACUCUCAGCUGCCGCAGCACCCCCAGCCCCCUGCGGCCCUCAGCCCCCCUCCUGUACCGGUUCUAUCGGGACGGGUGGGUGGUGGGGGGCCCGCAGGGGUCCCCGCAGCUGCUGCUGCCCGCCGUGGGGGUCUCCCACUCGGGGAAUUACAGCUGUGAGGUGCAGACUCAGGGUGGGACCGUGCGGAAGAGCAGCGCCCGGCUCCGCGUCACGGUGCGCAGAGUGCCCGUGGCCAAUGCCACCAUCACCCCCGGUCCCCUGUCACACCAGGUGCACACAGGUGACAACGUGACCCUGCGCUGCUCGGUGCAGGUGGGCUCAGCCCCUGUCACCUUCCCUGGCACCGGUGUCACCGUGUGGGUGCUCCCCGGGAUUGCUGAGUCAGGAACAGGGGGUGAGGGGACGUGGCACAAAAGUGCCCAGACCACCCGGCUCCUGGUGGAUUCUCCUUGGAGGCCGGCGGUGCUGUGGGACGAGGUGACACUGACCUGCAAGGGCUCGGGGACAGCUGGUGCCACCACCUGGUACAAGGACGGGAAGCACUGGUGGCAGAAGGGACCUGACCACUUCACUGUCACCGAGAGUGGCACCUACGAGUGUUACAGACCUGGCAGUGGGCGCAGCGGCCCUGUGACUGUCUCAGACGAGCUCUUCACAGUGCCAGUGCUGGUGCUGCAGGGUCCCCCCGAGAUCACCGCCAAUGCCACCAUCACCCCCGGUGCCCUGGCACACCAGGUGCACACAGGUGACAACGUGACCCUGCGCUGCUCGGUGCAGGUGGGCUCAGCCCCUGUCACCUUCACCUGGCUGCACAACGGGCAGGAGGUGGCCCGGGGUCCCCUCCUGGAGCUCAGGGACAUCGAUGUGGGACAUUCGGGCACCUGGCAGUGCGUGGCCACCAACCAGCUGGGACAGGACGGGCACCACGUGUUCCGGGCACUCAGCCCUGAGCUGGCACUGGAGGUG